GCAUCUCCGGGCAAAUUGAUAUAUGAUCCAUUCGUAGGCACAGGUAGCUUUCUCUUGACAUGUGCACACUUUGGCGCGUUCACUAUAGGGUCAGACAUUGAUGGACGACAAAUUCGUGGACAAGCGAAUAAAUCUAUAAAAUCUAAUAUAGAUCAAUAUAAUUUAAGUGACAAAGUCUUGGAUACCUUAGUCUUUGACAUAUGUCAUCAUCCGUGGCGAGAAAAUCUCUGGUUUGAUGCAAUUGUGACCGAUCCACCAUAUGGCGUUAGAGCAGGCGCAAAAACACUGGGAAGAAAAGAUCCGACAAGACGACCUCGAAUAGUAGAUGGUGUACCCGCUCACAAACGCGAAAAUUAUUAUCCACCAACAAAGCCAUAUGAAAUGUCUGAAGUGCUUAUAGAUCUCUUGGAAUUUGCUGCACGAUAUUUAGUAGUUGGUGGUCGUUUGGUGUAUUGGUUACCAACUAUCGUUGAUGAUGAGCAAAAUUUUGGGCAAUGGAGUAGACGAUUAGUUACUAUGGAAAAAUUUAAAGAGAACGUCGAAGGUGAACAUGCAAUUGUGAACAAUGCAAAAAGUUUAGAUAACAUGUCAUUGAUGUUUCAAAAAAAGAAAGAAGAGAAAAGCGCUGAAGAUGGAAAAGAUUUUGAAAAAACAGAUGACACCAAUAAAAAACCUGGGCAUUACUUAUUUCGAGAAAAGUAUUUUUCUUUCAAAUCCGAAGAAAAAACCAAAAGAGAGCAAACAUGGAUAAGAUUUAAGAACCAAGACAACAAAGAUAAUGCAAAUGAGAGUGCUAACUAUAUGCAAUCAUCUUCUACAGAAUCACCUAUAGAAAAUUUACUCAGUGAAAAAUCUUCAGAUUAUAAUGCUAAUAAACCACAAUGA